AUGAUUGUCUUGUCGGAACACGAAAUAGAAUGGCUGACAUCAUACAUAAAGGCGGAAAAUUGGAUUACCGAAUCAAUUAACGAUAUAGAAACUGAAGAACAAUUAUAUGAAGAAGCAAAGAGCAUAAUUGUCAAACAAUUCAACGUUCUCGAGAGCGAGAGUCAGACUGACAAAGCCGAAGGAUAUACAACAACACUUGUUUCUAAUCAAGAUAUCCGCCUUGAUGAAGAGACUUUAACUAAGGAUUUGUCUUUCAAGACAAGUAAGAAAACCAAACCUGAAGAAGAGGAGGAGGUCGAUGAAGAAUUUGAAGACGAAGAUGAAUUUGACGAUAUUGAAGAGGAUGAUGGAUUUGAAGAUUUUGAAUAUGACGAUGACUAUGAGUUAGAUGAUAAUGAGCUAUACGAAGAUGAAUACGAUGAAAGUGACGCUACUGUAGUUGGCAUCCUAAGAAUCAAAAUUGAUCAAAUGAACGAUAUCGUUUUAUCGGGUAGUAUGGGGGUUCGCAUCUUCAAGGUUAAUGCGCAGGGAACCGCCAACAAAGGGACGCCUGCAUACACGGCCAACAACGUUUGCGGAGUACAUUGCGUCCCAGUACGCAAUGCAAAGGGCCAGCUCAUUCUCGAAAUUCUCGAUAAAAAAUUGACUGAUAUUAGUGCUGGAGUUUUUUCAUUAACGUUAAGUGAAUUGAUCACGCACAAUUCAGAUGGACGAUAUAAUAGGAGACAAGCCUUAGAAAAAAGUGAAACAAUCAAUUUUCCAGGAGGGUCUAAGUGCGUGCUACGAGUUGAAGCUCAAUUCUAUUCUACUAGAUUUGAAAGUGACCACUUCCAUUUAAGCAAGGACACUAUUAACAUCGAUGACUUGUACCGUCUUAUCGGCAUGACAUUUAGCGCUAGUGCUUUCGAGGUUAGCAACAACCUGGCUCUCUGCUUUAAUUUUGAAUCUGCGUCAGAUCUUUUCCACGCCCUAGCAACGCGCAUUAUGACUGACAAACAACUAAUGUCCGUAAACACAGCUAACCUCUUUGAAUUCAAAAACUCAGGAGAGUUUUCUGCAGAGCUAGAGGAUUAUUUCAGUAGUGGACGUAUGAAAGACAUUGAAGACAGAGUUAGGGCCACUGCGGUAACGUUGCAGUAUUGGGAACUAGUUGCCGAUGGUUUUAAAGACUCUUGGUAUGAUAGUUCUGUUAAAGCACGAUCUUGGUUGAAAUCUCAAUUGCGAAACGAUAUUCAGUUGGAGAAAGAGGUUCUCGAGUGCGCCCAGAAGUUUAUUGCCGAGAGAUAUGGAUUCGAUGAUGAUGGGUCAACUGAAAUGAGCCCUGUCGGAUCUUUUGAAUCAGGAAAUUAUCCAUUCGAGAACACUGUUGAGAACGAUCAGGAAUCUAGGUUCACCGAAAAUGAAACGCCAUCAGAAAAUGUGAAACCAAUCGUGAAGAUAGUUGAAAGUACGGAGUCUAUUGCAACACCUGUAGACGUGGAAACGAAACAACGGAAGGUUUCUCCGCCUGUGUCUCCCCUCAUUUCUCCUCCUGUUUCUUCUGCUGCUCCUCCACCUGUGUCUCCCCCCGUUUCUCCCCCACCUGUGUCUCCCCCCGUUUCUCCCCCACCUGUUUCUCCCCCACCUGUUUCUCCCCCCAUUUCUCCUCCUGUUUCUUCUGCUGCUCCUCCACCUGUUUCUCCACCUGUUUCUUCUGCUGCUCCUCCACCUGUUUCUCCACCUGUUUCCCCACCUGUUUCCCCACCCGUUUCCCCACCCGUUCCUCCACCCGUUCCUCCCCCCGUUCCUCCCCCCGUUUUUCCCCCCGUUUCUCCUCCCGUUUCUCCUCCAGUUUCUCCACCUGUUUCUUCUGCUGCUCCUCCACCUGUUCCGCCACCUGUUUCUCCACGUCGUGGGGGGAAAAGGCAAAAGUCGCUUCUUCCGCCCGCUUCCUCCAAGGGCAUAAAGAGGCAUGAUUUUGAAGAAAAAGGUCGUAACAAAGUGAUUUCAUAUACACCUUAUAAAGUGGGAGUAAUUAAUUCUGUUAAGCAAUUUGUAACAGAGCCAUGGGUCACGACCCGUGUCAGAACAGCAGUCAUGUUGGAUGAUGAAACUGACCGAGUAUUGUUCAUUGGUAAACACACGAUACAGUUAUGGUCUCACUUUGCAGAAAGUAAAACUCUGCAAUAUAUUUGGUGUAGACCGAUUAUACAACGAAAUCGAGAAAAAGAUUUUAUUAAAGAAUACUUUAUUGAGUGGGCAGAAUUGACGAAACUAUCAGACGAAGUCUUUACUAUCGCUUUCGAAUACAAGGUGCAAGGCACCACUGAUAGCAUUAAAACGAGGUUCCACUUGCCGCGUAAGGAUGCUCCUGCCAGUUUCCAUACAGUACGAGAUGCAUCGUUUGCUCUUGGAUUUUUGAACUCAUUUGAACAUGAAUCGUGGUCGAAUGAUAAAUAUCGGCGUUACGAAAUGCUUCAGAACGAGUGUCAAGGGAUUAUUCGCCGUGCCCUUUCAUCUUCGGAUGGCGAUGUAUUUGAACACGUUGAAGACUUUGGCAGUAUUGAAUCGACUGACGAAUCAGAGCACAGGCCGCGUAUAGCCCACUGGUUUAGGGGCGCUUCAAACGAUGAUUCAAAAGCGAUAUGGAGCAAAGGAUCAAUCUUGAAAGUUUUAAUGCAAUUUGAUUGUGAACGAGCCAAUAAUUUGAUUAAAGAAUUAGUGGAGAAAGAAAAAAUUACUCUGAAAUUUUAUGAUACUGAUGAACAGGCUCGUCAGUCAGACCUUUCUUACGCUAUAUCGUUGGGUAGAACCGAAAUAGUCCGUCCAUUAUUACAGUAUUACUGCAAGAGAGCAAAGGACUCAGAGGCCAUGAGAUCGGUGAAUAGGAACUCGGGGAGUAGGCCCAACCCCGAGAAGAUUCUGCAACUUGUUGUUCCUGCAUUCAGUCAACUGUGUUCAAAACACCCUGACACUGCUCUGGAAUUGGUAAAAGAUAUAAGUUACUUCAAAUUAAACAAGCCCGCUGUAUGGAGCAAUAAGCGAGAGAACUUUGCCUACUCAGAUAAAGAGAAAAGCAGCGAUGAUGUGUAUAAGGCAGAUGCGCAUGAUGGUGCAGUCUUCAAAUGGAGUAGAUUUUUUAGUAAUGAACAUCAGAACGAAAGCCAUUCGUAUGUUGUAUGUAUUGUCCCUUUGCCGAAUUUUACCCAGUAUCCCAAGCAACCAAAAUCCCGUCUCGGAUUUUUGAAUGUAUUUGGAUGGCACAAAUACCUCUCCCCAUUUGCUAGUUCGGUUCUCGAAGGUCGAUAUGAUAUGUUUGGCGAACCGGCCAUGGAGGCUAUUAUUAAUUUCAAAUGGAGGAAAUUUGCUAAAAUACGAUACAUUGUUCUUACUGGUAUAUAUUUCCUGUAUCUUGCUUCAUUCAUGACGGCCGUUACUCUCGAUUCUGACAGAGUGCAACAGGGUAACGAGAGCGAGAAUAUGAUCAGAUUGUUCUCAUCUGUGGUGUUGUUAUUGGGAUUCAUGUUUGUCGGGCUUGAGGCGAUGCAGUUGAUUGCAUAUCACUCUUAUUAUGUAACCAUAUAUAAUUUGAUUGAUUUGGCAAGUACCGUAUUGCCAAUAACUUACGCUGUGGGGGCACUUUCCGGAAGCGAUAGCAGGCGUCAAUACGUUGGUAGCGCCAUGUUCUUUGUCUAUGUCAAUUUUAUACUACGACUCCGAGUGUUCAAGGGUUUUGGAAUACCAAUAUUUAUGAUAAUAGAAAUAUUCAACAGAGUGCAAGGGCUUAUGUUCAUAAUUGCCAUGAUGGUGAUUGCAUACACGCACAUUUACUGGCUUUUGUUGUCCUAUGCGGAAAUUACAGAUUUGGUAGGCAAUAGCACAGUUACAGACCAAUUCGCGACUCCGCAAGAAUCACUAGUUUCGGUUUUCUUUUUUGUGACAAACAAUUUCGGCAAUAUCAGUGAUGCAUUCGGCAAUCCGACAAUUGCCAUUCUGACAAUCGCAUUCACAUUCAUAACCGCGAUUGUGUUGUUGAACAUUUUGAUUGCCUUAAUGAGCGACGUCGUUGGUGAUGCCAAAACUGUUGGUCGGCAUGCUUGGCUUAAACAAAGAGCAGAGCUCAUAUGCGAAUUAGAAAUGUGUAUGCUUACGCGAAAGCAAAGACAACGGCGCGAUUUCUUUCCGUACUUAAUAUAUUAUUACGCAAAAUCUGAUUCUAUAAAAGAAUACGAGAAAAAGCUCGAAAAACACAAAAAGAAACUGAGUUAG